ACCGGGCGUGUUCUCGUCUCAUCAGCUCUCCUGUUGCGGUCUUAUCCUUUGAAACCGACUUUUAAACUUGCUUUUUAACCGAGUAAGACCGAGGAAGAAGCGGGAGGAACGGCUGUUGAAUCACUGCAUGGACCCGUCGCAAUGACUCAGACCAAAGAGCUGUAAAGAAACUCGGAUUAAACGAGCUCCUUCACUAACUCGCUCUGUGCUAUGCUAACACUCUGUGGAGGUGUGUUAGUGCUGAGGUACUGCUGUGAAGAGUCUCUCUGCGUGAUGCUUUAUUGAGUUUUGGAGGACGAGGAUGAGCGCUUCACGACUGCAGGUGCUCGCGCUGUGUCUCGCGCUCCUGUGGUUCCCUCAAUCUGCGCGCACACAGACCCAGGAAGGCAAACCAGCAAUGUGUUUAGGCACCCAAAACAUGCUGAGUGUGACAGGCAGUUCGGAGGUGCAGUAUCAGCGGAUGAAAGAGAUGUACAUGGACUGUCAGAUUGUCAUGGGCAACCUGGAGAUCACCCACAUGGAGCACUACCGUGACUUUUCCUUCCUGCAGUCUAUUCGUGAGGUUACAGGCUAUGUCCUGAUAGCUAUAAACCAGUUCAGGCAGCUACCACUGGAGAACAUACGCGUGAUCAGAGGAACAUCUCUGUAUGAAGAACGCUUUGCUCUUGCUGUUCUUGUCAACUACCAGAAGGAUGGAGACUAUGGUCUGCAAGAGCUUGGCCUUACACAUCUGACAGAAAUUCUGGAAGGAGGUGUGCAGAUCAUUCAGAAUAAAUUCCUGAGCUACGUGCCACAGAUAAACUGGCUAGACAUUGUAAAGGACAGCGGAGCUGAGGUCAUCAUCAAAGACAAUGGGCCUGACAAGCCAUGUCAUGAAUCUUGUGAUGGUCCUUGUUGGGGACCUGGCAGAGAAAGCUGUCAGACCUUGACUAAGACGGUGUGUGCACCUCAGUGUAAUGGCCGCUGUUUUGGGAGAAACCCCAGCGAAUGUUGCCAUAUUGAGUGUGCAGGAGGCUGCACUGGACCCUUGGAUACCAACUGCUUUGCCUGUAGAAACUUCAAUGAUUCUGGUUCGUGCGUGCCUCAGUGUCCCCAGGGCCUGAUCUAUAAUAAAGUCACGUUUAAACUGGAGCCAAACCCCAAUGCGAAAUAUCAGUAUGGCUCAGUCUGCGUGGCCCAGUGCCCUCCUAACUUUGUGGUAGAUGGAAGCUCAUGUGUUAGCAGCUGCCCUUCAGAUAAAACAGAGGCAGAUAAGAAAGGGGUGAAGAGGUGUGAACCAUGUGGGGGCCUGUGUCCUAAAGUGUGUGAAGGUACUGGGGCAGCCAACAGACAGACAGUGGACUCAAAAAAUAUAGACAGUUUUAUAAACUGCACUAAAAUUCAAGGCAGCCUUCACUUCCUCAUCACAGGCAUUAAAGGAGAUCGAUUUAACAACAUUUCAGCUCUGGACCCCAAAAAGCUUCAAAUCUUCAACACUGUCAGGGAGAUCACAGAUUUUCUGAGUAUUCAAUCUUGGCCUGAAGAGAUGGAUGAUCUGUCUGUCUUCUCCAAUUUGACGACCAUACAGGGCCGAAGUCUUUACAAAGGAGUAACCUCUAAAAGGGGCUAUGCUCUUCUGGUGAUGAGGAUCACUACGCUGAAGUCUCUAGGGCUGCGAUCUUUGAAGAAGAUAAGUGAUGGCGGCAUCUACAUCACUGGGAAUAGUAAGCUCUGCUACCACCACACUGUCAACUGGACACGUCUGUUCGGGACUGGAGCACGGGCCCAGCGUCGACAGAAAAGCAUUGACAUCAAAGAGAAUCGACAUCAGGAUGAGUGCAUCAAUGAAGGCCAUGUGUGUGAUCCGCUGUGUUCGUCCGAUGGCUGUUGGGGUCCAGGACCAGAUCAGUGUCUGUCCUGCAAGAACUUCAGCAGAGGAGGAACCUGUGUACCACACUGUAACUUUCUGGAAGGUGAGAGACGGGAGUUUGCAGGGCCGAAUGGAGAGUGUAUGCUGUGUCACUCAGAGUGUGCAGUGCAGGAGAGCAGACUGACGUGCCGAGGACCGGGAGCGGAUCAGUGUGAGGUGUGUGUGAGGCUGCAGGAUGGCCCACACUGUGUCUCUUCAUGCCCGGAGGGAGUCAUGGGAGAAAACGGCCUUGUCAUAUAUAAAUUUCCUAAUGCCCAACGCAAAUGCCAGCCCUGCCAUGCCAACUGUACCAUUGGGUGCACUGGGCCAGGUUUGAGAGACUGUGUGGAGUCCUCCAGGAGUGCGCCCGGGUUGCCAGUGACUGCAAUUGUGUUGGGCGCUAUAGCUGCAGUGUUGAUUGGUUUCUCAGUGUUCGUUAUGACUGUUCUGUAUCGCCGGAGUCUCGCCAUCCGACGCAAACGUGCCCUGAGGAGAUACCUCCAAAGUGGAGAGAGUUUUGAGCCACUGGAUCCUGGAGAAAAAGGGACAAAGGUUCAUGCUCGCAUCUUCAGAGUGUCUGAACUACGGAAAAUCAAACUUCUAGGCUCUGGAGUCUUCGGGACUGUCCACAAGGGUGCAUGGAUUCCAGAAGGAGAAACCAUAAAGAUCCCAGUGGCCAUAAAAACUAUUCAGGACCGAACUGGACGACAGACUUUUCAAGAAGUUACUGAUCAUAUGUUGGCGAUGGGGAGUUUGGACCAUCCCUACGUUGUUCGGCUCUUAGGUAUUUGUCCAGGCACCUCUUUACAGCUGGUCACCCAGCUCAGUACUCAGGGAUCCUUACUGGAACAUAUCAGGCGGCACAAGAACAGCCUCAACCCACAGAGGCUGCUCAACUGGUGUGUGCAGAUUGCCAAGGGUAUGUAUUAUCUUGAGGAACAGAGAAUAGUCCAUAGAAACUUAGCUGCUCGGAACAUCCUGCUAAAGAGUGACUUUAUGGUCCAAAUCACUGACUAUGGCAUUGCUGAUCUGCUCUACCCAGACGACAAGAAAUAUUUCUACAAUGAAGUCAAGACACCGAUCAAGUGGAUGGCCCUUGAGAGUAUUUUGUUCCGCAGAUAUACACAUCAGAGUGAUGUGUGGAGCUAUGGUGUGACUGUCUGGGAGAUGAUGUCAUAUGGAGCAGAGCCGUAUGCUUCAAUGCGACCACAGGAAAUUCCAGACCUGCUUGAGAAGGGCGAACGUCUCUCUCAGCCUCAGAUCUGCACGAUAGAUGUUUACAUGGUCAUGGUCAAAUGUUGGAUGAUUGAUGAGAACGUUCGGCCAACCUUCAAAGAGCUAGCCAAUGAAUUCACCCGCAUGGCUAGAGAUCCACCGCGGUACCUUGUCAUCAAACAGGGGGAGUGCACUGCUCCUGAUCCUGGCUCUGAUGAGGCACAUCAGCUUGGGAAUGAGAUGGACAUUCUGGCUGUGGGGUUGGAGGAUCAAGAAGAAGAGGUAUUGGACGAAGGCAUGGCCACACCCCCUGUGUACCUCACUCCAUCAAGAAGUCUCUCUAGAUUGCGUGUGGAUACCCACAGGGCAACUUUCACCCCAUCCUGUCCUGCUGGUUACUUGCCAAUGACUCCAAGUGUGGAGGGCUCCAUGCAGACGGUGUGGCCGCCUCGUUCACGUCUCAACUCAGCUCGCACUGUCUCUGAGAGCUCAGAGGGACGUGGCACUGUGGUGGAAAUGGAGAUGAAUGAAGACUUUGCGUCAGUUGGCAGCCUGAGGCGGGUGCGGCACCGAGAGGACAGUGCCUACAUGUCUCAGAGAGACAGCCUGUCAGGUCCUCCAGACACACCUAUCCCUGACACGCCUUCUCCAUGCACAGAAGGAGAAGAAGACCAAAAUGGAUAUGUGUUGCCAGGACUAUGUGAUAGCCCACUGAGAGAAACAGUGCUUUCCAUGGCUUCCCAUGUACGGCUGUCCCAAGGGAGAUUGUCUAAAGGUCGUUCACAUGAACUGUUAGAGGAGCAUGAUAGUGCUGAGGAAGAGUAUGAGUACAUGAACAAUCAGAGCCUCCCCCUAAGACGCAUCCCAGGCCAGAAACGCAGCUGCUGUCAGAGAACAUCAAAACGCAGUUCCACCUCCAAUCCCUCAUGGGGAGACAGCAUGCACAAGUCUGCAUGUGCUAGUUACCCAAAUAAAAGAUCGUCGAUGGAGGACUCUGAAAGCAGCGGAGGAGUUUCUCAGUCCUCUUCAGAUGAGAGAAGUCGCAGCGAUGCAGAGCUGCUGUCCAGCGAAGCGGAGUACGCAGAGGCUGACCUGGACCAGGAGCACCAAUAUGAGUAUAUGGACAUUCGUAGCGGUCUGGGACAUGCAGCAGCCAGCAUUCCACACAGAGCUGAACACCUAAGACCAGAUGCCUACAUUUCUCCCAAGAAAUCAAUGGAGGAAGAUGAAGAGGAAGAGGAAGAGUAUCAAUACACAAACCAACAACCCCGUUUGAGGCGCUCGCUGAUGCUUCAGGGUUUGAUUGGUGGAGAGGGAGAGGUUUAUGAAUAUGAGGAGAUGGACUCUCUGGCAGUAGGGGGCAGCUCAGGGGCUGAGUAUCAGAACCUCCAGGAGGCCGGGGAAAGGGAGGCUACGGGGCAACUCCACUCUGGAAUUGUGCCAUAUGUUCAAGUACGUGCAGGUUUGCUUGUGGCCAGUGAAGGUGGAGACAGGUGCUUUGAUAACCCUGACUACUGGCACAGCCGAAUGUAUUCAAAAGCAAAUGCAGUGAGUACGUAGGACAGGACAGAGGGAGGGAGGGAGGGUGCGAGUGGGUGAGCAAGCAAGGAAGGGAGGGAGGGGGAAGGAGUAGGAAUUAGAUUAAUUGAAUGAAAUACAUACAUGUGAGAGAAAACAGGGUGAAAUUAAGUAUCAAAGAGGUGUGGAACAAAAUACAGAAUAAAAAAGUUGAAUAAAAAUGGUCAGCAUUGGCAGAAGCAGAAGUAGCAAUCACUGAAGCACUACACAUUUCCUUGACUAAUUCAGUCUUGGCAAUAAAGACAUAAGCUGUGGCCAAAACCACAUUCUGCCAUACUAAGUAGUAUGUCAAAACACCACUGAUAAAAGUCCAUUCAUUAGUGUAAUAUUAUAUAGUAUGGUAGUAUGUGGUUUUGGACACAUGCAUGUAAAUAUAUGAUUCCUUAAUCACAAAGACACAAACACAUAGAAACAAUGUACAUUUGAAUUUAUCCUAUAUUUCUUGAAACACAGUGAAGGAAAAUAGUACCAGAUAAUGAGCUAUUACAGAUAAUGUACUGAUGAUUGCAUGCAAAUAUGUAUGAAUGUCAGUAAGUAUCUCUCAUUCUUAAAGACACAAAUCAGUUUCUAAUUUUGAUAAAACAACUUGUUUUUAUCUAAAUAUGUUUAUGAAUCAGUAUGUCUGUUACAGGUGUUCCAUGUGACAGCAAGGCAGCUUGCAUUCCAUCAUUGUGUACCAAAUUUCCAAUGAGUCAGGGAUAUUUGUUUUUAACACUAUUUUUGUAGAACUUAUAUUCUAGGCAUGCAGAGCUUAGCUGUGCAGCAGCAAUAGUAAUUGUUGUUUUUAGUAGUCUUGUGUAAUACGAGUUGUGCUGAACACAUGGAUUAUUUUGUUUGAUUUUGUUGGUUUGUAGUGUGUGUGUGUGUGUGUGUGUGUGUGUGUGUGUGUGUGUGUGUGUGUGUGUGUGUUUGGGAGGGGGUGG